GUAUUUAUCUGGGGGCAAGCGCUCCGCUACACCACUCUCUUCGACAGGAACCUAUCACAAGACACACUCUUGCCGCCUUCGCUGCUCUAACGAAACCCCAACGACACUUUCGCAAUGGUGAACACGGUCAAAGUCUACAAGAAGACCGCCCCCAAUGGCAAGGUUACGGUGUACCUGGGACGCCGUGACUUCGUUGACAACAGCUACUCGACCGAGCCCAUUGACGGGGUGGUGAUGUGUGACAGUGACUAUCUUCGUGGCCGUAAGGUGUUUGCUUCUGUUUCAAUCACCUAUCGCUUCGGCCGCGAGGAGGACGAGGUGAUGGGCGUCAACUUCAGUAAGGAGAUGCAGCUGGUGUGUAAGGAGAUUCCCCUCAACCGUGAUGUCAAGGUCACCGAGAUGCAAGAACGCCUCCUUACGAAGCUGGGCGCCUCCGCUUAUCCGUUUUCUAUUGAUAUCUCCGACAACGCCCCGUGCUCUGUCCAGCUCUUCUCUGAUCACUCGGCCAAACCACUGGGAGUCAUCUACGAGCUACGAGUCUACGUGGCCGACAACCUGGACGAAAAGCCUCACCGCCGCAACUCCGUGUGUCUGGCGGUGAGGAAGGUGCAGUAUUAUCCAGCUGAAAAGUUCCUCCGCCAACCCUCCACUCUCGCCACUAAGGGAUUCACGUUCUCAUCCGGCAAACUCAACAUGGAGGUGGCGCUGGACAGGGAGCUCUACUACCACGGCCAGCAGAUCUCCCCCACCGUCUCCAUCAGCAACACCAGCUCCAAGACAGUGAAGAAGAUCAAGAUGUCGGUGAUACAGCACGUCGAGUUGACCAUGACUAACACCCUUUUCGAUCGUGAGGUGGCAUGUUUCCAGACCCAGGAGGGCUGUCCCAUCAUGCCUGGCGCACACUUCCACAAGACCUUCACCAUCCUCCCACUGGCCACCAAUGCCAAGCAUUUCGGAGUGGCUCUCGACGGCAAAACUAAGGACAGCGACGCCAACCUGGCCUCAAGCACACUGCGCCGGGAUCAGUCUGACAGCCUGGGCAUCAUGGUCACCUACAGCGUGCAGGUGGAGCUAGAGUGCGGUGCCAUCGCCGGGACCCUCACCGCCUCCCUGCCCUUCAAACUCAUGCACCCCGCGCCUGGCUCAGGGAAACUCGAGGGGGAUGACGGGAUCGAGUUCGAGGAGUUCAGUCGCCUUCGCAGGGGCAUGAGUGUUGACCAGAACCUGGACUGGGCGCGGCACAGCAAGGUCCCCCCAGAGUCGAUCCUCCGCGAGGCACUGACGGAGACGCUGACGGGAUGCUUCCUGAAGGUGGAGAUCGCUGAGCACACGGCCUCCGCUCACCAGAGAUACUUUGUUUCUGUCCUGACUGGGCACAAUAUGCCCCCUUCUGAGGCCGCUGGACCAGAUAUGCGACCCUGGGUGACCCAUACCUCUACAGAGAUCCCUCUGUGCCUUAUCUACCCUUCGCGCCAUGUCAUCAACUUUACCACCUUUUGCUCAACCUCUUCCUCUUCAUCAAAAAUUACGGCAAUCAUUGCCAAUUCAACGUCUGAAGACUUUGCCAUAUUGGAAAUCACUGAUUUCACGCAGUACGGAUACGUGACUCACAUUGGUGGCGAUGUCCACACCUCAGAGGUGGAGGCUGCCCUUGACCUGGAGCAGCGGGGCCUAUACCUCCCUUGCCGUUCACCCUUACUCAGCACCUCACACUUAUCCCUAGCGAGGCCUAAAUCUAGCCAAGUAAGCAGCUUAGAAGGAGUCACAUGGGGUCUGGUUGCCGGUGGUCCUAUUAGCUCGAGGUUAAAUGGAUUUAUGAAGAGUAUAUAUGCAGCGCUUCGACCCUCUCUCGCUAUCCCGCUGUUGUUCUUUGUUGAGCAAGCUUUACCAAGUGACUCUUCGUCUCGCUCUUUCUCGUCAGAGAAACUCAAACCAACUUCGAUGGUGAACGCCGUGAAAGUCUUCAAGAAAACCGCCCCUAAUGGUAAGAUCACCGCCUACUUGGGUCGUCGUGACUUCGUAGAUAACACCUCCACCACCGAGCCCGUCGAUGGCGUGGUAGUGUGCGACAAUGACUACCUUCGUGGUCGCAAGGUCUUCGCGACCGUUACGGUCACGUACCGUUUCGGUCGCGAGGAGGAUGAGGUCAUGGGCCUCAACUUCAGUAAGGAGAUGCAGCUGGCCACACAGCAGAUCUACCCGGCCGCCAAUCAGGCCGAGCUGACCAGCGUGCAGGACCGCCUCAUCAAGAAGCUCGGCGCUAACGCUUACCCCUUCGCCGUGACUCUUCCUGAGACUGCUCCCGCCUCCGUCCAACUCCACAGCGGGGAUGAGGAUACCGCCAAGCCCCUGGGAGUCAUCUACGAGCUGCGGGUGUUCGUCGGGGACAAAGCCGAUGAGAAGCCUCACCGCCGCAACUCUGUUGCUCUGGCAGUGAGGAAGGUGCAGUACUCCCCCGCCAGCGGGUCCAAGCGCCAGCCCUCCACCUUGGUGUCCAAGGGCUUCGCGCUUUCCUCCGGCAAGCUGAACAUGGAGGUUACGCUCGAUAAGGAGAUCUACUACCACGGGGAGCAGGUCAAGGCCAACUUGAGCAUCAACAACGCCUCCAAGAAGACGGUGAAGAACAUCAAGUGUGCCGUGGUGCAGCACGUGGAGGUCACCAUGACCAACAGCCAGUUCACCCGUGAGGUGUCCUCCCUGGAAUCCAAGGAGGGCUGCCCCAUCACCCCCGGCAGCAACCUGGCCAAGGCCUUCACCCUCACCCCGCUCGCCUCCUCCAACAAGAACAAGAGUGGCAUUGCUCUUGACGGCACCCUCAAGGACACUGACGCCAACCUGGCCUCCUCCACCCUGGUGGCUGCUGGCAAGAACCCCAACGAUGCCCUUGGUAUCGUUGUGUCCUACUCCCUCAGGGUCAAAUUGAACUGUGGUGCCAUCGGCGGAGAACUGGUGGCUGACCUGCCCUUCAAGCUCCUCCACCCCGCUCCUGGCGCUGCCGUCAAGGCUCGCCCUGACGCUAGCUACACCGGUGGCGAGGACCUGGAGUUCGAGGACUUCGCCCGUCUGCGCCGCGGCCAGAGCGUCGACCAGGCCUAAGAGGCUUUUCACGACUCACCACGAACGAGCGAACGAACGACACGGGAUUCUUACACUUCGACUCCGAACUCGACGUUGCGACGGGAAACUGAUGGGUGUCCCUGAGCGACGACGCCGCAGUCCACGCACCGGAUGCCCUCGCACCCUCCAAGCCCCCCGCAUGGCCUGCACGACAUCCUAGGCCAUGAAGGGCGGGGGCGCGAGAGGGCAAGGUCUGUGCCCAUUAGUGGAUCGGACCAAGGGCAGCCGGUGCUAAUUUCUGCUCAGUUAUUUCUCGUCUUAGUUUACUUCUUUUUAGUUUGUUUAACUAAGCGUCAGUUUAUGUUCACUCGUUAUCUUUUUUGUCUCCUUUUAGUUGUAUGAAUUUCAAUCAAUUGUUUUCUUAUUGUUCUUGUUGCUGUCAUUUCGCCUUGUCACCUUCCUCUCAGCAUUGCCUGUUAAUGCUAAGCUCUUGUUCUACUUCGGCACUUUUCUGUGAUUCAAUUGGCUAUUAUAUUUUAUGUUAUUAAAAAAAAAACAUAUAAA